AUGAUAGCUGAAUUAUGCUUUAAGUUUUUCGAUGAGUUCUUUAUCGAAGGCACCAGCGAAACUUGGUACUCAGUCAAGGAUGUCUAUACUGAGCUGGUGCGUGUCGAUGAUGCAGUCGAAGUUGUUAGGUGGAAGCGGAUUUGGAAGCUCCAAGUGCAGCAGCGGGUCAAAAGUUUUGUUUGCCUGCUUGCACAUGGGAGAAUGUGGACAAAUUUUCAGCGGAGUAUCCGUGGGCUAGGAAGUGCGGCGUGUGAUAUUUGUGGGGGUGUGGCGGAAACUGAUAUUCAUCUUAUUCGGGACUGCACCAAAGCGAUGGAAGUUUGGUGCCAGCAUGUCCCUCCCCUUCUGCAGCAGGUUUUUUUUAGUUUGAAUCUGGAGGAUUGGGUUGAUGCGAAUCUUUCGGUGGAUAGCAAGUGGAUAUAA